GCUCUUGAAUAUCACCUGGUGGAAUAAAAACAAUAGGAACAGUAGAAGUGUAUUGUUAUUGGCAAUGGGUAAAUAGUAAGGAGAGAGGCAGAGGUAGGUAGGCGGUGCCAAUAGAAAUUAGAAAGAAAAAAGAAAAAAGUGAAACUAAUCAACUGUGAGGUUGCAGUGGCCAGUGUGACACAUGAUUUGCCCAGGGAAAAAGAUAACGCUACAAACAAGAAAAAUAAAAAAGGUAAAGUGCGGUUGCAAGGGUAAUUAUAGGCUUCAAAAGAAAAACACCACUCUCUCUCUCUUACAGUCAAGAUCUUUGUUUUGCCCAAGUGAAAAAAAGAACAGCUUUUGCUUUGCAUACUAGAAACAACAAAGAAAGAGAGAAAACCCAAAUCCAAAAUCAAGCCAAUCUCAUUUCUUUUUCUUCUGUUUCUUUUGGUUAUUACUAUUAUUAUUUUUCCUUUUUAGCUCUCUCUCACAUUCCACUGCCUUAGGCUAUGAUUGAGUGAACCAGACAAAGGUCUCCUUACUGUCCAUUUUUCUUCUUCACCAUCCAUCUCCUUUUUGGCUCCUUUUCCCUUCCCCAUCUUUCUUUUUUGUUUCUCUGAUUAAACUCAGUGAGGAUAAUGGCUUGGUUAACUUUGUUUUCUGUUGGUAAUGAAGUGAAAGGGAUGGUCUUUUUUAUACACAAAUGAGGGAAAGUGAAAGAAAAUAAGUAAAACCCAAGUCUUUCUUUUCUUCUUUCUUUUCUUUUUCUCAUCCCAGAUUAUUUCUUUCCUGGGGGCUGGUGCUGCUUCUGCUUCUGCUGUUCCAUUUAGGCUAACAAUGAGGAAGAAUGGAUGGCAACUUCCUUAUCACCCCCUCCAGGUGGUUGCUGUUGCCGUAUUUCUUGCCUUGGGGUUCGCCUUUUAUGUGUUCUUUGCUCCUUUUGUUGGGAGGAAGCUUUUUCAAUAUAUUGCUAUGGGAAUCUACACUCCUUUGAUUACAUGUGUCUUUGGCCUAUAUAUCUGGUGCGCAGCAUCUGAUCCUGCAGACCCAGGAGUUUUUAGGUCCAAAAAGUAUCUCAACAUUCCACCUGAUAGAAAACAAGCCUUGCAAAAGGAUUCUAAACUAGGCGGGGAGUCAACUUCCUCAAUGCAUGAUGCAAAUGCUUCUAUUGUUGGGGGAAAAUCUCUGGAUAAUUUGAAAGACCCUAAUACUGAUUUUGAGCAGAAGAAUGUGACAUCGGGCAACUCUUCUUGCUUCCAAUUAGCUCUCUUUCCUUGUGCCCUUAUCUGCAAUCAGUGCAGUUCUAGUGAUGAAUCUUCAUCACAACAGAUGAGUGAAGAUGGCAUGUUCUAUUGCAGCUUGUGUGAAGUUGAGGUUUUCAAGUACAGCAAGCACUGUAGAGUCUGUGACAAAUGUGUUGACCGUUUUGAUCAUCACUGCAGGUGGCUUAACAACUGUAUAGGCAAAAGGAACUACAGAAAGUUUUUCACCCUUAUGGUUUCUGCUCUGCUCUUGCUUAUUCUACAAUGGGUGACUGGAAUCCUUGUGCUUAUUUGCUGUUUUAUUGAGCGGAAGCGUUUCUCUGUGGACAUCUCCUCCAAAUUAGGGAGCAGUUUCUCUUUGGUUCCAUUUGUUAUUGUAGUGGCAUUGUGCACUAUAUUGGCUAUGAUUGCCACCUUACCUCUUGCCCAGCUUUUCUUCUUUCACAUUCUCCUAAUUAAAAAGGGAAUCAGCACAUACGAUUAUAUUAUAGCUCUAAGAGAGCAGGAGCAGGAGCAACAAGGAGUUGGAGGUCAGCAGAGUCCCCAGAUGUCUCCUGCCAGUUCACUUACUGGAUUGAGCAGUGCAAGCUCCUUUUCUACUUUCCAUCGGGGUGCAUGGUGUACACCACCUCGCUUGUUUCUGGAAGAUCAGUUUGAUGUUGUUCCUCCGGAGACUGGAUCUGUCAGUUCCUUAGGAAAAAAGACAGCGGUAGAGGAGCCAAUGAAGAAAAAGAACCCAGCAGCAGUAAAGAUUAGUCCAUGGACAUUAGCCCGAUUAAAUGCAGAAGAGGUUUCAAGAGCUGCAGCAGAGGCAAGAAAGAAAUCCAGAAUCCUGCAGCCAGUGGUGAGGCGGGAAGUCCCUUUUGGACUGGAAGGAGAUAGUAGCUUUGGCAGCAGUGGCCGGCGGAUGGUCCCAAGGCCUGACAACAAUAGAAGGCGAGCUAAUAAGAGAGGACGGCUUCCAUCUGACUUGUCGAUGGAACCUGUUACUAAGGUUUCAGGUAUGGCUGCUGAGAAAGGUUUCACGGAGACAUCAACAAGUUUGGCCCCUCUUCAGCUUGAAGCAAGAAGUGCUUUUCAAACUAGUCGAGCAAUGUCAAGUGCAGCUGGGAUUGUUGCUUCUUCUCCAGAAAGCAGUUUAGAUUCACCAGAUAUCCACCCAUUCCGCAUCUCGUCAUCAGGAGCUGAAGAGUCAAGGCGGCUGACAGGUCUAUCAGUCACAGGUAAUGCUUCUCACAGUGGACUUCCACUGUCAAGGUCUACUAGUGAUGGGUAUGAAGCAUCAGGUGGGGAAGACAGUGACAGGGUCCCAUCCCGGAUUGUCCAGAGGUCGACUAACUGGAAUAACCUUCUUUUCCGCCCUGAUCAGGAUGAGGGUGUUUUUAGACUGAAAGCAUCUUCAUCUAGCCAGGCUAACAACAGAAAACUUUGACUACAAGUCAAUGAAUGAAGAUUGGUUCAUUUGAUUUUCAUCAAAGUGUUCGACGUUAUUUCAUUUAUGGGCCAAAAUAUCUGGAGGAUUAACUGGCCAUUCACCUUACUCAUCGAUUCAGCAUUCGAGUUUGGAAUGUGGAAUCAAACUUCAUGGGAAGGACAUGAAUGCUGUGUUUCUUCAAGCCUCACAAAUGACCGUUUGCACGAGCUCCUGUUGCUGCCUUUGGUCCCCGACUCUUGCAUUUGGGACUUGACAAAGAUGACAAAUUUGUUCUGUUGUUUAUAUAUCACUCUCAAUUGUAAUCUUUCGUUGGAGUUUUUGAAAGAUGGCUUCUUAUUAUAAAGUCUCCUUUUUUUUUUC